AUGGGUUCUUCAUCUUCCGGCAAAAAUAAGAAAGGACGGAGAAAUAAAGAAGCAGAAGACGACGACAGUAAUAACCUUAACGCAGAUGCAAUUCCGAAGAGUUCGAGAGAGGUUGUAAAGAACAUGAAGGAAGUCGUGAAUUGCUGCGAACAAGAGAUUUACGCAAUGCUUGUUGAAUGCAAUAUGGACGCUGACGAAGCUAUUACUCGUCUUCUUUCUCAAGAUAGUUUCCAGGAAGUAAAGAGUAAACGAGACAAGAAGAAAAAGACCAAGGACAGCUCGGAUUUUCAAAGAUUUUGUAGUAGCAACCAGAACUGUGAAUUGAGGAAUGGCAGUGAUGAUUAUGUUGGUGGAAACAAGUUUAACUCAGAUGAGAGGAGUGAUGUGCAAAGACUUCCUAAUCAUUUGGCUGGUUCAUCUACAACAGCCGGUAUUCUUGGUCCUGGUCCUCCAUUGAACAGAGUGUCAUCUUCUAGGUUGAUAUCUGCUUUGGGAUGCGGUAGCUCUAGCCAGAAUGGUUUAGGUUCAUCGAAAGAGAGUGUAACUAAAGCUCCUGUCAAGGAUGAUUGUCUCUUACCUGAGAAGCCAGUUGUUCCUAAUCCAUUUCCUAACUCAUUUUUUGAGUCUGCUGCUAGAAGAGAUCAACUUCCAGAGUCUGCUUCGGUAUCUAACCAAAACUUGCACGAUGGUGGUUCACAUUUGUUGUGUGACAAUUACAAUAACAAAAAUGAUGAGACUUGCCAAGUGCAAAAAUGUUCUUUUGAGCACAAUCAAACCAAAGAUCCAUCUGUGCCUGUUAAUUCAGACCAAUGUAGUAUUAACCAGUUAGAGCAUUUGAGAUUUGGUUGUUUUUCUGGGAUAAAUGGAUCUGGCAAACCCAGCGGUCUCCCAUCAAAGUUCUUGAAUGAUGACUCAGAAGAUAUAUCUGAUUCUGCAGAUGAUGUGUCCCUCAAAAACCUGAACUCAAAAGAUAGUUUUCAGCAAGGUAAUAAGAGCAAAGGAGAUAAGAAGAAAGAGAAUGUCUCAAAUGGUGAAACUAAGAUCGUGCCAAUAAGCUCGGGUGAAGCAGUUACUUCGUUAUCUGUACCAUCUUCUAGGUAUCAAUCUUCUUGGGGUUUUGAUACCUAUUGCCAGGAAACAGUGGCUGAUGUUGUCCAGAUGGGUUUAGCUUCAUCACAAGAGAAUGUAACAAAUGCACUUGAGAAGAAGCCAGAUGUUCCUAAUCCACUCUCUAACUCAUUUAGUGAGUCUACUGCUAUAAGAGAUCAACUUCAAGAGUCUGCUUUCAUAUCCAACGAGAAUUUUCCCGAUGACAUUGACGACUGUGGAGACAAAAAUGAUGAGACUUACCAAGAGCAAAGACCCAAAGAGUCAUCGGCGUCUGUUAAGACCAAUUUACUCCAGUCUGCAGCAUUUGUUAAAGAGUUACUGAAAUUUCACAGAGAUGGUGAGUUCCAUUCGUCUUCAAACUGUGAUCCUACAGAACCUACUCAAGAAAAUCAGUACACGUCUUCAUCUGUUACAGAUUUCACAUUUGAUAAUAGCCAGCUGUUCACUCCUGUGAUGGCUCCUUCAGAACGAAGUCUUCAGAUGCAAAAUGCUAAUACCUUCCCCAACGCUAUGCAUCAACAAGCAUACACGAGGGAACUGAAUCCAUGGUACUCGGCUUCUCCUCUCAAUCAGUCAAUGCCUACUGCAUCAUCACUUGGUCGUAGGCUAUCAGUUUCCAGGACUGAGAUGAAUCAAACCAUGAACCACCACCUUUACUCUCAGCCUAAUGUUCCUUCAGGGCAUUAUGGUCAUAUGAUGAACUAUCCUUGCCCUCUGCCAAUACAGAAUGAUACCUACGACAUGCCAACACCAGCAUUUCCGCAACAUGGUGGUAGUAACAACAACGCCUACCAUCAGCACUCUUUAGUUCCUCUGUACAGAACCAGUGAUCUGCGUCAACCAGCUGUCACUGCUGCUGUUCCUUCCACCCGCAGUUCUGCUUACGGUUCGGCUUACGAUUCUGCUUACGGUUUUGGCAACCACUUGUCAUCACUUCAGCAUCAGAAUGGGAACUCAAACAUGUGGACGACUCCUCAAGGACACAACAACUCAGGAAGGAAUUAUUGCAGCAGCUUAUUCCCGGGUCAGCAGUCACUGAGUUUCAGACAUGCCCAACAACAAGUAGAACCAGAGGAGCCUUAUAGAUUUGAAAGAAGCAGACGUUACUAUGAAUCUCUGGACCAACAAAACAAUAGAAGAGGAGACCCACCUAACCAAACCCAACAACAGCAACCGCCAAGAAACAACAACUAA